AUGCUUAGUUCUUUUGUUGGGAAGGUACAAAAGAGUUUAUCACUGUUUGUACCAAGAAAGCAUGCAUUGAGUUACUGGAAUGAAGAUCAUGCCACAACCACAACUGAAUUGGCUGAUGAUGUUAUGGAAGGUUACUUUGCUGUUCUUGCAAGGAAGGGUGAUGAAACAAGAAGGUUUAUAGUUGGGUUAGAUUACCUGACUGAUCCAGCUUUUGUGGGAUUGCUUGACGAAGCUUGGGAGGAGUAUGGUUUCAGACAGAAGGGAACUCUUGUUGUUCCGUGCACGCCGAUGAAGUUGCAGAACAUUCUAGAUGGUCGGAAAACAUAG